UGGCGUAGCUCUGCAUUCAUGUGCGAUGCACAAUAAUAUAUUUACAGCUGUUGACAGCUAUAAAUGCGUAUAAGGAGCUCGCAUCGAUGAUCGUUUGACCGAUUGAUACGGUGAUAAACAUCGAAUGAGAAUAUUCAGAUUCGCACGGUGCACGGAGGAAAAAUGGAUGACGAGAAUGCAAGUUGCUCGCACGACAGCGAGGAAGACAAUGCACAAGUGUCAUUGUUGGACCUCCCGGUCGAGAUAUUCCUGCAUAUAUGCUCCUUCUUAAAGGCAUCGACAUUAGUGCACAGUUUGAGCCUGGUAUGCAAGCAGUUCUAUCUGAUUUUAAAGGAUGACUCGUUAUGGAAAGCGCGAAUUAAUCAUACAUGGCCGGAUGCUAGCUAUCCGCUUUUGCGUCCUGCAAAACCUGACAGACUAUUUUGGAAAUUGUCAUGUGUUGCGAUUGAGAAACAAAGAGCAUUAUGGAGAGAGAAGGAAUGUCCAAUGGAGAAAAUAGCUACACAUGCACAAGGCAGCACUGUAGAUGCUCUACUACUGAUGCAUGAUGGCACUGGUUAUAUUGCUGGCGCAAGAGAUCGCAGUCUGAUUUAUGGGAGAUUUGGUAAAAAUACUUAUGGAUCCCAAUAUACUAUUUGUAACAUAGACUCUGCACAUAAUGGAUGGAUUUGGGAUCUGACAACAAUAGACAACACUGUCUACAGUUGUAGUUGGGAUCAGAGUGUCAAAUCGUGGAUGCUUACCAAUAUUGGUCUUGUACAACAUCAUACUUACAGUAUAUAUACGGGUGUAUCGGGUGCAUUGCUGUGUGUGUCAUCGUGUCCAGAACAAGCUCUUUUCGCGACUGGUUCAUAUAAGAGGACCGUAUUUGUCUUUGAUUCAAGAUCGGGAGAAAAACCAAUUACCCAAUAUCGACCGCACAGAGGAGCUGUUAUUAAACUGGCAAUGAAUUCCGAAUACAUUUUAUCUGCCAGUGAGGACAAAACGGUGUCUGUUUGGGAUCAAAGAGCCGGACGAAUCAUGAAAUCUAUCACAAUUCCAGGUAAAGCAUUUCCCAUGUGCAUAAAUAUGCAACAAGAUUGUGUUUGCGUUGGGGACAGCGUCGCCAAGUUACAUGUAUUAAAUCCAAAAAACAACUUUGAGCUAGUAAAAUCUUAUUCUACUGGACAUACAAAAAGGAUAACGGGAGUGCAUCUGACACGCGGAAAUCUGAUAACGAGUUCCACAGACGGCACUGUCAGAAUUUCGAGUCCUACGGAUCCGCCGAAACCCAUGGCUACUUUACACUCACCUUUCGGAGGAAUUGCAAGAAUGGAUUACCAAAACGGCAUUCUCGCAAUAUCCGGCAGCGAAAUUGUAGUAUAUCGGCCGAUGUGUUCAGUAAAAUUAAUGGAUAAUUAAUGCAUUUCUAUACGCAUUCUAUAAUUUUGUUAUAUAAGUAUAUUGCUUUUUGAUAUAUAUAAUAUAUUCAUAAUUUUCAAUGAGA